CUCUGAAAGUAUAUUUAGAUUUAUUUAAAUUCAAAAUUAAUAAAAAUAAUUUGAUUUAAUUAUUUGUUUAAUUAUAAUUUAAACAAAUUGAAAAAUGGCUGCCAUUCGAGUACAAAAUGAAGAUACUCUUGAGUGUUUUCUUUAUCCAAAAUUUUGUUAUUCAAUGGAAACAGAUAGUGUGACCGAAACAAUACUUAAUGACGAAAUUAGUAAAUAUAAUGAGUUUAUCAAUAAGUUUACAAAUGAUUAUCUUUGGCAUCAUGAUUCUCUAGUAUUUUAUCCAAGAACCAAACAAGCAAUAGUACUUAAUCAAAUGCUCCAUUCUUCAACUGUAUCCCACGACUUAUCCCUUGUGCCGCAUAUUUAUGCAUCGCUUAGAUUUGACGAAGACGUAGGAGACGAAUGGUUCACCGUAUUCCUGAUCUUCAAAUUAACCGAAUCCUUCGAUGGAUUGAUUGCUAGAAUAGUAGAUUCAGAUGGUGAAUUUUUACUGAUUGAGACUGCUGAUUUUCUUCCCCGUUGGCUUGAGCCAGAAAACUGCCAAGAUCGUGUUUAUAUUUUUGAUGGACGAAUCCACGUCAUUCAAGACAGACGUGUACUACCGAUUCAACAAUUGAAACGCAUAUCUGAAAAUUCACAAAAUUAUUUACUAUCUCGUGAGGUACAGGAUACAUUGAAGAAACGACUGGCUGCUUAUUCAGAUGAAUUAAACUUAAGGAAACAUAAAGCACGAGCUUUUUUGCCAGAAAAAGCUGCUUCAAUACUUGCUCAAAAUCCAGGACUUAUUGCUCCAGCGGUACGAACUAUUGUUCAUUCAGAUCCCUCGGAAAGAACGGUAUGUCGUGCCAUGAGAUAUUUUCCACCAGAACAACGUACCAUGGUGAAUGUCCAAAUGACCAAGUGUUUGUACGCAAUGAGUACACAUUGUCGUUACAACGGUGAUCCCAGAACCGGUUGGAAUUCUCCACCAACUAACAGUCCAAAAUAUAACGCACAUAUAUUAGGUAUUAAAAUAGCUUGUGGCUUAGAGAUGCUGGUAGCCAGAGCUAAUGAACAAUUAAAACGUAAUGAAUCAUCUGAAAGUAUAGAUGACAAUCAAUGGAGAGAGUAUCGUCGUCGUUUGGAAGCUAGCGGGUACUUUAGAAGUACUCUUGAAGGUAGUAAAGAACGAGAAAGAUUGACACAGACAGCUAAAGAGUACUUAAUUGCUCAUCCAUUAAACACAACUCACAUGUUAACCGAUGAUAGUGCAGCAUUAAAGAUCUUAGAAGCGUGGAAAAAUGUCAAGACCGAAGAUUUUGAAAUGCACGCACAAGACGAAGCUUCUUUGAGUCCUCCGGACGAUGACAGCUGGUUGAGUGUUGAUGCAGCACAGUUAGAAGCUAUGUUGGGACAACACUGGGCUCGGAGCAGCAAAAAGACACCUCAAGAACCGAUUAGUAUUAAGGACAAAGUCAAGGUAUUUUUAAAUCAAAAGAGUGACGCUGAUGGCAUUGAAUUUUCAAGUGAGUCCCGUGGUGAUGACGAGAAUAAAAAUGAUAUUGAAGAUGUUGGAAGAAUAGAUUUUGAUCCAGAAGUUUUUGACAGCACUCUGCGUGAUAUAUUAGAUCUUGUGGUGCCUGGUGGUGAUGGUGAAUUUGACGGUAGCUCUGAAGGUUCUUUGGGUGGUGAUGAAGAAGACGAACGCGGCGGUGAAAUGGACAAGUACAUGAAAUUAAUGGAUUCGCAGCUUGAAGCUGAAUUAGUUAAAGAUACAGCCAGUAUGUCAAGCUGCUUUAAAGACUCGGUUGAAUCAAAUUUAAUGGAGAGCAUAGAAGAAGAAGCUGGUGGUGCUGGGCCAGCUGGUAAUAUUAUCGGUGGUCCUGUUCGACGUCUUAUGCAUUUACAACUUCAAUCACCAACUACUGUUCCUCCUGAUCUUCAAAGUUAAUUAUAAAAAUUAACCUUGAUAAUUAUUAUCAUUCUAUUAAUACUAAUGAAUUUAUGCUAAGACAAAAAGCUUUAUACUUAUACUUAAAACAUGGAAAAAACACUGUGCUAUUAUUAAUAAUUAAUCAUUUACAUCACUCGUUUAUUAUAAUAAGAAAACUUGAUUUUUAUUGUUGUUUUUACACUUUAUCAUUACUGUAUUCUUUUUACUCUUUUUUGUAAAUAACAGUGAAAAAUGAAAAAAAAAAAUAAUCAAAAAACGAAAAAAAAACAAAAAAAAGAGGUGCGUUUGCGCUUAAAUCCUUAAAGCCUGGAUUUUCAUCCUGAUGUACACCAAUAGCUGCAAUAAAUGCACCAUUUUCUGCCUA